CUGAACGCGGUGGCUCGACGGCCAAGCAGUAUAAGAAGGACUCGCUGGGCCGAAAACGUGAAUAAUUGACUACAGUGGCAUUGCAUUUCGCUGUGUGGGUGUUGUGACAAUGUCCUUGUCCAUGUACGUGUGCGUACAUUCUGCCAGGAAUCAAAGGAGCAACAGCAACAUCUCACUACACCAACACAGGCUCAUAACAGGCACACAUACCUGUGCGGAGUAAGUCGCCUUCGCCUUGGUGGGGCGAGUGGGGCAUGUUUGUGCCAGCACUUUGGACCACUGAAAGCGAGUCCAAUUCAAAUGAGCCGUGCAUGCAGGUAUGAGCAAAACCAACAUCUCGACUGCGAGCCAAGCCAAUCGAUAAAUUCAAAGGAAGCGAAGUGGUAACCUCUGGUGUCCUCCAGAUAAGCGUUGCGAGGGUUCUCCCAACAGAGAAGCAGGUAUUUCGGGGCUACUCUGUCGUGGUGUGUAGCUGGAGUGAAAGAACGGACUGGGAAUGUCAAUGAACCCUAGAUGCCCAUUUCAUUCUUGUCGCAUUGGAUUGGCCGUCAAUUUGAUUUCCAAGGGUUUUGCGGUGUCUUCUGCCGUCCUGUUUGCGGUUACAAGCUACUAGCUACUUCAACAAUGAGUUAUCUAUGCUAAUGCGACACCAACUGACAUUUCGAUUUGGAAUAUGCAAAGCAGUUGGGCAUAUUAAGACGUCACCCGGCCUUUACUUACAAUCUCUGGAUAUACACAAAUUCGAUGGUUCCGCACACACCAUGGCAAUAUGAAUCGCGGCUCCAUCAAGUCGCUUCAACUUAUAGAUUUUUUCUCCACGUCAGGGCGUAAUAUGAUGUCAUCCGUUUUUUUUUAGAAACUGAUUGGGCGGAGAAACGGGAAAAUGUUGAAAACAAGGAGCUUGCAAUCUCAUGUCUGCAAUGCAUGACAUAAACCUGUAACGUCUUCGAAUCCGACUCCAAAGUAAAUAACUGGAGGACCUACACGGCAACAACAUCAGAAACCCACUUGAUCCCAUUUAAGCAAGAGCGAGCUUAGGGAGGCUGGCUGGAACCCAUAAUCGACUUCAAUUGAAUACAUUAAUGUAGCACCAUGGGCGCCAAUACAUCGAGCAGAUCCGACGCGAGUCUGCUCGCCGAUGACGAUGUCAAUUUUGACCAUUUCCAAAUACUCCGCGCCAUAGGCAAGGGCAGUUUCGGAAAGGUGUGCAUUGUCCAAAAGCGGGAUACCGGCAUCCUGUACGCGAUGAAAUAUGUAAGUCGGUCCGCCUGCGAAAUGCGCGGAGCUCUUGGUGGCGUCAUCAAGGAGGUGGAACUGCUAUCGUCGUUGGAGCACCCGUUUCUCGUCAAUUUGUGGUUCUCUUUUCAGGAUGAGGAGGAUUUGUUUAUGGUCUGCGACCUGUUGACUGGAGGGGACUUAAGAUAUCAUUUACAGAACCGAGUGGAAUUCUCCGAGCAAAGUGUGGCCUUAUUAGUGUGCGAGCUCGGCAGUGCAUUGGAGUACCUGCAGGCGAAUCGAGUAGUUCACAGGGACAUCAAGCCCGACAACAUUUUAUUGGACGAUGCGGGACAUGCUCAUUUGACUGAUUUUAAUAUUGCAACGCGUUUGCAAAAAAAUGCCUUGGCCUGCAGUAUGUCGGGGACCAAGCCCUACAUGGCUCCCGAGGUGUUUCUGUGUGCCCUGGACGAAGUGGCUGGCUAUAGCUAUCCGGUGGACUGGUGGUCACUUGGAGUCGUCGCCUACGAAAUGCGGGGAAACAUCCGACCCUUCGUUGUGCACUCGAACACCCCACUAGCGGAGAUCAAGAAUAUAUUGAACACCCCCGUGCACUAUCCGCGCUACUGGAGCAGCAACUUCGUCGAUCUGCUGCAGAGGUUACUUUCCACCUAUCCGGGUGCUAGGAUCAGUACAAGGCAGGAGCUGCAUCAAACGCCCAUGUUGCGCAACAUUGACUUCCAGAGGGUGCUCGAGAAGAAGAUCAAACCCAUCUAUAAACCUCCCGAAGACCACCUCAACUGUGAUCCUUGCCUAGAACUGGAGGAAAUGAUUGUAGAAUCGCGGCCCUUGCAUAAAAAGAAGAAGCGCCUGGCCAAGCAGAGGUCAGCACAACGCGACAGCGAUCCAGAGACUGCACUGGUCAAAGAGUUCAUCGUUUACAACCGCUACAAGGAGUUGAAGCGCAAAGCCAUGGAACAAAAGGAAAACGACUGGCAGCGCGAACUGGAACUGGCCAUGGCCAACUCCAUCGUGAACAGCUUGGCCCCCAUCCAAGAGAAACCCGCCGCCUGCGUUGUGCACGACGGCGACUGUGCGACCGCAUCAUCCGCAGUCGCCCAGUUAAAGGGCGAGAGUAUUGAGUUCAUUGAUCGCACUCCUUCACCGCAGAUUAAAGAAUCGGCUGGCAGCAGACUUGACAUGCCGCAGAGUCCGUUUCAAAAAUAAAACCUAGGACGCGGUUGAUAAGCAACAGGUUUCAAACUGCACAAGAACCAGACCCACUUGCGCAACGAUGACUUGUCAGCCAUCCAUCCAUAAAGACCAGAACCUAUUUUUCGAACUCCUGUAAACUUCAUUUUGUGUACAUGCGCAUAUUAUAUACAGAACUAUGACAUUUUAUAACUUUUAAAUAAAAUAGGUCUAAGCUACCUUUGU